UUGCAAUUGAAGUUUCUCUUUAGGUUUAGAAAUUAAUCACAAAAUGUUGAACAGCUUAGAAGAACAGUUUAAGUGGUCUGUGAUAAUUACUGCAUCAGUUUUGUUCCUUGGGGUGGUUUCAGGAAAGUCUGUGAAAUAUAACUUCGAGGAGAUAUACCAGGAGGCGCCGUGCCUGGCUCGCGACGGGCUCUGCACGCCGCUGCACGAGUGUCCGAUGCAGUCGCGCUUCCCCGCCCGGGGGCUGUGUCCGAGACAGCAGGACCAGGGCAUCGACUGCUGCAAGGAAUGUGAGUGCGAAAUAACCUGA